UGUUUUUUUCAACCCGAAGCAGAUUUAUAGUCUGGUUUCCUGUCAGAUCUUUGCAUUUUCCUUCUCCGCCCCUCCCAGUCUCUGACACACUUUUUCUUACUUUCUGUGUGGCUCUUUGCUCGUUCUGCCACCAGUGCCCCAGCCUCUUUCAUUCCUGAUUCUCCCGAAACUUCUCUACUUUGGGGGCCAGGGGUGUUUCACUCCUUGAGUUUCCUUUACUUACCAACAGCUGCAGAGCACAAAUAACCUCUCCAAGACUCUGGAGGGACACUGACAAUUGCAUGGAGACAACGUAGAGAGUGCAGCCUGCAGCAGCUGCAGCGAGGCAGCCGGUCACUCAUGAGCACCCAAGGAGCAGAGCCAGAGAUGGAUGACUGCCUGGAGACCCUGAAAGAUGAGGAGGAGGCUUUGUGGGAGAAUGUGGAGUGCAACCGGCACAUGCUGAGCCGCUACAUCAACCCAGCCAAGCUGACCCCCUACUUACGGCAGUGCAAAGUCAUCGAUGAGCAGGAUGAGGAUGAGGUGCUCAACUCACUCAUGCUGCCCUCCAAAAUUAACAGAGCAGGCCGACUGCUGGACAUCCUCCACACCAAGGGCCAGAGGGGCUACGUGGUGUUCUUAGAGAGCCUGGAGUUUUACUACCCUGAACUCUACAAACUGGUGACAGGGAAAGAGCCUACACGGAGAUUUUCCACUAUUGUUGUGGAGGAGGGACAUGAAGGCCUUACCCAUUUCCUAAUGAAUGAGAUCAUCAAGCUCCAGCAGCAGCUGAAGACAAAAGAUGUGCAGCGCUGUGAGCUCCUGGCCAAGUCCCGCCAGCUGGAGGAUGAGAGAAAGCAGCUAAAGCUGAACAAGAUAGAGCUGCUGACCUUCCAGGAGAGAUACAACAAGAUGAAGGAGGAGAGGAAUAACUACAAUGAUGAGCUGGUCAAGGUGAAAGAUGAGAACUACAAUCUGGCCAUGAGAUAUGCCCAGCUGAGUGACGAGAAGAGUAUGGCUGUGAUAAGGAGCCGGGACCUGCAGCUGGAGAUUGACCAGCUGAAGCAUCGCUUGAACAAGGUGGAAGAGGAGUGCAAGCUGGAGAGGAACCAGUCUUUGAAGCUGAAAAAUGAUAUUGAAAACCGACCCAAAAAGGAACAGGUUCUGGAGCUGGAGCGGGAAAAUGAGAUGAUGAAGACAAAAAUCCAGGAGUUACAGUCCAUCAUUCAGGCUGACAAGAGGGGUUUGCCAGAUUCAGACAAAGCCAUUUUGGAUAUUCUGGAACACGACCGUAAGGAGGCACUGGAGGAUCGUCAUGAGCUGGUCAACAAGAUCUUUAAUCUCCAAGAGGAGAUUCGUCAUGUGGAGGACUUGAGAGACAAGUAUCUUGAGGAGAAAGAAGAUUUGGAGUUAAAGUGCUCAACACUAGGAAAAGACUGUGAGAUGUACAAGCACCGUAUGAACACUGUGAUGAUACAGCUGGAAGAGGUGGAAAAGGAGCGGGACCAGGCGUUCCGCUCGCGUGACGAGGCUCAGACCCAGUACUCCCACUGCCUGAUUGAGAAGGAUAAAUACAGGAAGCAGAUCCGGGAGCUGGAGGAGAGGAACGACGAGCUCCGAAUCGAGGUGGUGCGCAAGGAAGCGUGCAUCGUCAACCUGGAGUGCAAACUGCGGCGCCUCUCCAAGGACAGCAACUUCCUCGACCAGAGUUUGCCACGGAAUCUUCCCAUUACCAUUAUCUCCCAGGCCUUUGGGAAUUCUGGCCCAAAAGCCAAUGGUCAGGAAGCCGAUGACUCCUCCACUUCUGAGGACUCUCCAGAAGACAACAAAUUCUUCUUGCCUGAUCAAGUUCGUCUCAAGAGAAGAGUGAACCUAAAGGGCAUCCAGAUAAGUCCAAGAGCUAAAUCCCCUGUCAGCAUGAACAAAACAUCAGACUUUCAAGCAGUCAGAGCACAGGAUGAAGAUGGGGCCGAGGGCAGCACCAGCCGCACAGACACGAGCUCCUCUGUGUCCAUCAGUAACUCCAUCAGCAGCUGUGAAGUCACCAAGAUUCAAACCCUGCGAAGUCGCAAUGACAGCAUCAUGUCAACCACCCCGGAGCCUCCCGGGAACGAUUCCAUCAUGCGGCGCUGCAAAGAGGACACCCCUCACUGCAGCCUGGCUGAAGAGGACAAUGACAGCUUUGGAUGUGAUGCUUUGGAGCUGGAUGAUGACAGUCACGACAGGCAGUCACAUGGAGCUCCUUCAGUGCACUCUUCCUCUUCUUCUCAUCAGUCAGAAGGCCUGGACGCCUAUGAGCUUGAGCAUGUCAACUCCAUAUUUAGAAAGUUUUCACUGGAAAGACCCUUCCGUCCCUCUGUCACAUCCGUGGGCCGCAUCAGGAGCUCGUGUCACACGAUCCAGCGCGUGACACUCAACGGGGACAGCCUCAACUCCGAGAUCACCCUGCUCGGGGGCAAUGACAAAGGCAGCUUCGUCAGCUCUGUCAAGACAGGCUCCCCUGCAGAGAAAGCUGGCCUUCGGGAGGGACACCAGAUCCUCCUGUUGGAGGGCUGCAUUAAAGGGGAAAAUCAAAGUGUUCCUUUGGAUACUUGCACAAAGGAAGAAGUUCACUGGACAAUUCAGAGGUGCAGUGGUCCAGUAACGCUCCAGUACAAAUCAAAUCAUGAAGGGUACCGCAAGCUGCUGUCGGAGCUGGAGGAAGGGCUCAUCACCUCGGGGGACUCCUUUCACAUCCGCCUGAACCUGAACAUCUCCAGCCAGCUGGACUGCUGCUCCCUGUCCGUGAAAUGUGAUGAGAUCGUCCACAUUCUCGACACCAUGUACCAGGGCAGGUGUGAGUGGCUGUGUGCCAGGGUGGAUCCCUUCACUGACAGGGACCUGGAGAUGGGGACCAUUCCCAGCUACAGCAGAGCACAGCAACUCCUUUUGGUGAAGCUGCAGCGGUUGAUGCACAGAGGAAGCAAAGAUGAGACAGAAAACUCCUACAACACCCUUCGGGCACUGCGGAAUACAUUGCAGCCAGAGGAGCCUGCCCUGCAGAACGACACAAAAACCAGCCCUCGCCUAUCCAGAGCAAGCUUUCUUUUGGGCCAGAUUUUACAGUUUGUCAGUAGGUCUGAGAACAAAUACAAACGAAUGAACAGCAACGAGCGGGUCCGCAUUGUCACAGGCUGGCCCUCGGGCCUGGCACUGAGCUCAUCCGAAGGGAAGAAGCAGCUGCCUGAUAAACUGGAAGAUGUGGAUUCCGAGAGUGAAAUCGAUAAGAAGCUCAGUCUGAUCCCUUAUAGCUUGGUGAGACCCAUCCACUGCGAGCGCAGGCGCCCCGUGCUGUUCACCCCCACCAUGCUGGCCAAGCCCUUGGUGCAGAAGCUUCUCAACUCUGGAGGUGCCCUGGAAUUCAACAUAUGCAAGCCAGAUAUUGUAACAAAGGAAGAGUUCUUAAGGAAGCAAAGGACAGAGACAGUCAUCUUCAGCAGAGAGAAGAAUCUGAACACAUACGAGUGUAUUGUACCUGCCAACAUCGAGGCUGUUGCUCUCAAGAACAAGCAUUGUCUCCUGGAAGCUGGAAUAAGCUGCACGAAGGAUUUAAUCAAAGCCAAGAUAUAUCCUAUUGUUCUCUUUAUAAGAGUCUCAGAGAAAAACAUCAAGAGGUUCAGGAAACUGCUGCCGAAGCCGGAGACUGAGGAUGAGUUUUUACGGAUGUGCCGCCUGAAGGAGAAAGAACUGGAAGCACUGCCUUGCCUUUAUGCCUCUGUGGAGGCAGAGGUGUGGAGCAGCAUUGAGGAUCUUAUCCGGACAAUAAAGGACAGGAUCGGGGAAGAGCAGCGGAAAACCGUCUGGAUAGAUGAAGAUCAGCUAUAAAAAGCCCCAAGUAACAAGGAGCUCUUUGGUGAGGAAAGGACAUAUCCAGGUGGAGCAGGGCUUGACAGAAGUCUCUGGUUAGGUGCCCAGAGCUCACUCCUGUUUCACCCUUGCUGGCUGGACACUUCCUGCUGGCAGGAUGCAUGUCUGGAAUGGGACUGGAGCUGUGUUGAAGAGCCAGAGUCUCAGAUGCUGAGAUCCAGGCUGUGGGGCCACCACCACAAUUCCUGAUCCACUGGCAUUUCUUAAGGGACAGCACCUGUUUAACACAUGAGGACAAAGAUCUUGAGAGGGAGCUUGGGGUAAUUUAUUAUGUUCAAAAUGUGGGUCUCUUUUGUCUCAUUGAAAACUUCUGAUGAGACCAAAUAAGUGGAAUCUGAAAGGGAUAAGGCACAGGGACUGGGCUCCAGGAUGUGGAA